AUGAACGCCCUCGAAAGCAGGCUGCGGCCUAAGCACCAGGUCCUCGUCCUCAAGUGCUAUCCCCGCACCACAAAGGGCGCCGUCGACGUCAAGCCCAACUCGAGCGAGCUGAGCUACCUGCUCUUUUACGCCACCAGCCGACGCUCCAAGAUUCAAAAGAUUGGCGCCUUUCUCGAAAAGAAGACGUCCAGCGACGUCUGGCGCAUGCGCAUUGGCAAUGUCCAGGUCACCCUCGGCAUCCUCGCUGCCCUCGUCGAAAAGUCCCCCAAAGAGGCCACCCUCAUCGCCCCGACCGUCCUCAAGAUUCUCGACCUCAUCCUCCGCUCCGACGACAUCACCAUGAUUGAAUCCUCCAUUCCCACCUUUGAGGCCUUUUGCGAAAACCACGACCCCAGCUCCCUCUUUGGCGACAAGGACUACCUCAGCCACUACGAGGCCGUCGUCCGCGCCUACGCCCAGCUCGCCUCCAGGAACCACCACGUCGGCAAGCCCGCCGUCUCCCGCUCCGUCCAGAUUCGCUGGCGCAAUGCCGGCCUCAGCGCCAUCCGCUGCGUCUCUGCCGCCGACGCCCUCUCCUCGCUCUCGGGCCGUCAGAUCAACGUCAUCGUCCCCGUCAUUCUCGACAACCUCUGGUCCGACAAUGAAAACUUCCUCGACGUGGUCUACGAUCGACUGCAGACUGAGGAGAAGCAGGACGCCGAAAAGACGGUUCGCCGCAGGACCAGCGUCGCCACCGUCCGCACCAAUGAGGAGCCCGCCGACGCCAACCCGCUCGCCAUCUCCGGCACCGCCGCCGACGUCGACAACAUGGCCGAGGAGGAGACGGGUGUCCUCGCCCUCCAAUGCCUCAAGAGCAUAUUUGUCGGGCCCAACCGCUCCCAGAUUCACUCCGCCACCACCGCUCUGUCGCGCUUCAUUACCCAGCGUGGCGCUGCUGGCGAUCCAGUAAUUAUCCGCGACUCCGCCAACGGCGCCGACUCGGGCCCUGCCAUACAAAUCUUCAACAUUGUUUCCCGCUGGGCGCCUGUGCAGGAUCGCUACAUUAUCCUGCUUGUGGUCCUUGACAUCAUGUCACGCGCUGCCCUCAAGGACGAUACUCUCGAGCAGCAUAUCGUGCAUGCCGCCAUCAUUGGCUCCAUGCUACGCUCCGACCUCAACUUGAUUGGUCUCAGCGUCAUGGAUGUGCUUCACAGCCUCAUCCGCCAGAUGCGCAAGCUCUUUCUACUUCGCGCCGACAGCAACCGAUCCGGCAGCGGCAGCGACGACCAGCUCGACACUCCCCCGGACGGUCGCAACAUCCUGCGCCAGAACCUCCUGCACCGCCUCGAGUCUUGCAUCGGAGAUCUGGCCCACCACGUUUACUACGCCGAUCAAGUCUGGGACAUGAUUACCGCCAUCCUGUCCCGCUUGAAGCCUACCAACGCUGGCAGCACAGCCUCUCUGCCGCAGGUGGAAAGAUCCAUCACGUUUGAGAAUGGCAAUGGCGACGCUCACGGCGCUACGCCGGAUCCUUCCUCGGCCGAAACCACACAAAACUCCCAAAACGACCACUAUCUUUCUUACACAUCGGGUCGCGCGUCGGCUCUCCGCGCCAUCAAGGCCAUUCUGCGCGUAGCCAACCCGCAGAAGAAGGUCACCGGCAACAUGAACCUUUCGCGAAGCCGCGUGCCCAUCCAGGUUUGGGAGGAGACCCAGUGGCUGUUGCAGGACCCCGACGGCAGCGUCCGCAAGGCCUACGUCGAUGCCCUCCUUGUCUGGCUCGACAGAGAAACCGUCUCCCAGGACUGCAACGCCGACGACGACUUUGAGAGCCCCGUGUCACCAUCGAGAAAUCACGAUAUCCUCCCCUCGCGCCGCGCCGUGUCCAACAAUGCCCAGCGCGAGAAGCCGCUCAAGAACCACCACAUCUCCCACUUUCUACCCAUGCUGCACCUCGCCAUCUACGACUCUGCUCUGCAGCUCGUCGACUUUGACAGCGACAUGUGUCUUCUCCACGCCCUACUUUCCAAGCUCGUCGCCAAGCUCGGCAUCAACGCCGUCCGCUACGGCCUGCCCAUGAUUUUCCGCCUGCAGGAGGAGAUUCAGGAAGUGGACCUGCCCAUCCAAAAGGUACGCAUUGCAGCGCUCUGCCACGGCUACUUCUGGAGCGUCACGGACAAGUUCCAGCUCGACAAUUCCAAUGUCGGCCGCGCCAUUCGCAACGAGAUCAAGCGCCGCCAGCAGACGCAGUUCUGGCUCGAGGGUAUCACGGUGCCUCCCAGGCCACUGGACCAGGUUGGUGUUCUUGGCCGUGCGGGACAGGAUCCUUCCUGGGAUAUGAAGGCCGUCGAGACUGGCGAGCUUCUGCCUUUUGAUGACAGAACAUCACUGGUGGAGAGCAUUGCCUCGGCAUACCACGACAGCGUCCAGUCACCGCCUUCCUCUCCGGCGGCUUCACCUUCUGGUCGUCCGCAGCCACCGCCCUUUGGCUCCAACAUGCAGUCCAUCAGCGAGACGGAGCGCGAUUCUGAGCUGCCUACCAACUACCGCCAGCAGCUGCUCGCCGAAUGGUCCCGCGAUGCUACCAUUGCCACCAUUGCCGCCCAGCGCAAGACCGAGUCUCUCGCCGGCUCCAAGAAGACGGGCACCACGGCCACCCGCGCCAACCGCCUGACCAUCAACACGGCCGGCGGUGUCAACGGCAACAAUCUCAACCACAACGGCGGCGGCGGCCUUCCCGUCUCGCCCUAUGGCAGUCUGCAUAACAUGCGACCGCACUCGGCGCAGCCACAGCCGGCAGCGGACCGCUUCGGCUCUCACGUCAAAAUGCGCAAGUCGAGCAUCCAGAGCGUUAAUGCACCGUCACCCUCGCCUAGCCAGCAAAAGGAGCGGGCUAGCGGCGGCAUUGCCUCGGUCGACCAGCUCAAGAUGAUGCUGUCGGGCAACGUCUCGGCGCGCGCCGCCGGCAUCCCCGGCGUCACCAACCCUGACGACGACGACAGCGGCGACUCCAUGGUCAGCUACGAGUACACAAUGUCCGAGCUCAGCUUUAACCCGGCGACCGGACAGCCAGACGGAAGCAACCCCGGCAACCCCCACCACGGCACCAGCAGCCCCGCGGGUCAGGACAUGUUUAAGCGCAAUGCCUCAGUGUCGUCGCGCGGUGCACCGCCGUCAACGGCGCACACGGACCGCAGCGGCGGCGUUGUCUCGUAUAGCGCCGAGGGCGAGGACGAGGACGAUGUCCCGCCCGUGCCCCCGCUGCCCAACAUUGCCUCGUACUCGAGCAAGCUCCCGCACGAUGCCUCGCUUAAAUCGAUGAAGCGCAGCAGCAGCGGCCGCGUGGACUCGGGCCGUCAGCGGAACGGAAGCCAUGGUGCGCCUGCUGCCGGACGGGGACCUGUUGACUUGCAGGACCUGCUGAGGGGGAUUGACAGCACGUCUGAUGAGGGCAGUCUGGGCAACCUGUCCCGACCGCCGUACUAA